AAAUAGAAGAACUGACCAAAGCGAGGGAACUUGCAUUUUAUUAUUUGCCCAUUACUUGCAUUGUCAAAAUCUGCCAUUACGGCAUUGCGUAUUGUUAAUCUCACUUAACAUCAGGGGCGGACUCGCUAAUUAUUUUGGCCCGGGCAAAUUUUGAUCAAACCGGCCCACAAUAAUAGCAAAUAAAAAACUCCUCGGAAAAUACAAAUGAAUGUUAGUCUGUAAGGAAAACAAGUUUUUAAAUUCAGUAAUUUAGUGCAUGGAUGAAUGCUGGUUAACAGAACAUGUUAAAUAUGUCAUUUGCUGACUAAACAGUAAAUAAACAAAAAUUUUAACUCAUUGGUUUGACUCUGUUUCUUAAUACAGUAAAUUAUAUGUUGAUAAUGUGAUCGUUCUGGAUGUCAUCUAACAGGUGUUUUUCUAAGAACAUUAACAUAAAGGACUCCAGGUUUGGCUGCGAAAAAUUACUACGUAACCUGUUCUUUAUAUAUUUAAAGUGGAAGGCUUCUAUCACACUCCAUAUGUGACAAAUAAUUUUCUAAUCCUCCGAAAAACCACAAUGUAAUUUCAGCAACCCAAAAAUAUCAAUUUGUCAAUUUCUGACCCCAAAAAGAAAACAAGGGCACCCCUGUUGAAAUUUUAUCGUGUAGCACCAUGCCCCUGUUGGGCAGGGGGUGCAUUUGACUUAUGAUAGUGUAGGCCUAAUAAACUUUCCAUAACUUGUAUGAGUUAUUGAAAGAAGCAAGAGCAAGACCAUGCUGUUUUUUGUUAUGUUUGUGGCUUUUCCUUGAUAAAAAAGCUUUGUAUCGUAGCUGAAUCCUUUUUAAGUCUCGCAGCUUUUCCUCACGAAAUUUCUGUGCUCCACCUUUGAUUGAAGUCUUCUUGCUCUUCCCCCGUUCUACGUAUGUCUUUUUCAUUGCUUCAAAUACAGAGCAAAUCGCUUAGAGAUUUCUAAUUUUUGGACUUUUAAGUUUAUUACAUUAAGCAAUAGCUUGAAAUUAGCAAAACAAGGGAACAAAGAUUGAAAUUGUUGUGGAUGCAACGAAGAGAGAAGGCCUUGCUGAAAGCCCACAAGCAAACACGUUAGUACUAAAGGAAGGAGUACAUUAGAAGUAAAUAUACGGUCAGUAAUUUCAUCGUACCAAUGGGGCCGUGCAGGGCUAGAAAAGUUUUGUGGAGGUAUGGGCUUACCUCCACCAUUGUCAAGCAGAUCGUACAAUCAACAAAUAAAGAAACUUGCUUGCAAAUCAGUUAAAAUUGCAGAGAAAGUUAUGUCAGAGGCAGCUGAGCAGCAUUUCAAGAUAGUUGAAGAGGAAGAGCCAACUAAAAUUGAAGUGAUGCAAGAUGGUAAAAAGAUUGCAAAAGUUGCAGUGACAGUUGAUGGAACUUGGCAGAAGAGAGGCCACUCAUCAAGAGUUGGAGUAGUUUUUGUGAUAUCUGUCAGGACUGGUCAAGUGCUGGAUUAUGUCAUCAAAUCCUUAUUUUGCCACGAGUGUAAAAGUCAUGAAAAAGAUGGUAAAGACACAGCUAAGUACAAAAAUUGGCAUCAAAAGCAUGUAGGACAUUGUCACAUUAAUCAUGAGGGAUCUUCAGGAAACAUGGAAGUGGAUGGUGCUAUUGAAAUAUUCACAAGAAGUAUUGAAAAAAGGUUUUCGAAAUAUACAGAGUUUAUUGGAGAUGGGGACAGUAGUACUUUUGGAAAAGUAAAGGAGGCAUUGCAAGUCAAAUAUGGGGAUGAUUACUCAGUUUUAAAGGAAGAAUGUGUUGGCCAUGUCCAAAAGCGAAUUGGUACAUCACUCAGGGAAUAUAAAAGAAGGAUGAAGAAAGAAAUGCUUCCAGAUGGAAAACCUGUCGGGGGUAAAGGUAGAUUGACAAAAGCUGCAAUUGAUAGCAUUCAAAACUAUUAUGGUUUGGCUAUCAGAAGAAAUGCAGGGAACAAGGAUGGUAUGAAGAACAGCAUAAUGGCAAUUCAGCACCACAUGGUAAAGUCAGAAAAACUUUCUCUUGCGCAGCAGCACCAGUACUGCCCACAGGAUGAAGCAACAUGGUGCAAGUAUUGGAGAGAGAAGAUUUUUGGUGAUGGCGAAAACAAUCAAGAGAAUCGACUUCCUGCCGUUUUUCAUGAAGAGUUGAAACCAAUUUUUGAUAGAUUAUCCCAGGAUGAACUAUUAAAGAGAUGUUUAAGGGGCCUUACACAAAACCGAAAUGAGAGUCGACACAAAACCUGAAUGGUCAACUUUGGACAAAUCGAUGCCCUAAGACAAAGUAAUGUGGUAUAAAAAGAGUGACAAUUGCUGUAUGUGAAGCUGUAUCUGUUUUUAAUACAGGUACUGCAUUCAAAGCACUGCUGAUGCAGAGUCUGGGGGUAACAGACUUAGGUUCUCAAACCCUUAAAUUUUUUCGAAAGGAGAACAAAAGAAGAAUAGAGAAUAUGAAAAGGAAGUCUAGCGCAGAAUUCAAAGCACGCAGAAAAGAAUUACGAAUGAAAAAAAAAGAUUCAAGGAAAGCCAAGUGAAACCUUCUAUAAACCAGGUGCUUUUGGUUUAGAAGUUGAACCAGAGGUUGAGAAAUGUACCAAAAAGAAGCAGAGCAGGAAAAGACCUUAUUCAGUGACAAAGCAAUCAGAAGUCCCUAAUAUAACAUUUUGUGAUGAAAAAGACAUUUUUGUUACCGUAGAGAGAAAGAAGAAAAGAUAAACUGAAGCAAGAAAGUAUGCUUGAUUUGUAGAUUAAUUGAAGAUGUUUUUGCAGUAAGGAGUAAGCUUCAAGCACCUGUAAUGAAAAAUUAAGCCAAGUAACCAAUUUUACUUGCAAAGGCCAAACUUUGCCAAGAUUUACAACUUUAUUUUUAAUGGCGUUUUUCUCAAAACAUGAAAUUUCAGCACUUCUGUUACAAAAACAUUUGUAUUUUUCAAGCUGUUUUGUGAAACCAGCUGAAACUUUUGGAAUAUAUGUAGUAAAGAUUAAACUAUGCAAUAAGUAGAGGAUUUUGAAAUCUGUCACAGUUGGUGGUAGUUGCCAUGAAAACAGUCUUUUUCGGAGUAUUUUGCCCCCAAAAUUGAAAAAUCUAAAUUUCUUCUACUUAUUGCAUUCCUAAUGGUAUAAUUGAUGUUUGUGCAAAAUUUCACAUUUAUAUUGUUUUAUUCAGCUUAGAUAUCUGCACUAAAUCAUUGCAAUUUGAUACUCUUUUUCUUAUGUUUCCAUGGAAACCAUUCAAAUUUUUGCUCAAAAUUUUUGCUCAAAAUAUUUCAAACAAGGAGAAUCAAAUGUGUGCUAAAUUUUAAGGAGCUACAUUGCAUGGAUUUCAUUUUAUAGUCAUUUUACUGUUUCUGUAAGUGUACUAUCAACAGCCUCCUUAAGCAAUAGCUUGUGCUUAGGCAAAAACAUGACCAGCUUGAAGCAAAAGCUAAGUAAAAGGUCACCAGGGCAGGUUAAAAUCUUAUGUAUCGCAUUGAAACAGGGGUGCUACAGUAUAGUAUGUCGCCAAAAAGGAAAUACCGUCAAGAGAAAAUAUAACAAUAACAUGUUUCCUGAAGUGUGUCUGUGCUGCGGUGACAAUAAUGAAUUCGUAAUUUUAAUGGUUCUCGAGUACUUGCGUGUAUAUUUAUUCAUUCCCACAAAGUCUCUGAAAAUUCAAGGCAAGCAGAUCAACGCGUGGGUAUACUUUUUUGCCUCGCAUUCACUUUUUAAGCUAGUUUUUUUGGCACUUUUAUCAGCCGGCCCUCAAACCGACCGGCCCUUCGGGCGAUCGCCCGAAUAGCCCGACCAGCCAGUCCGCCCCUGCUUAACAUCCUCAGUUGUGAGCAAAUUUUUAGCUGAAAGAUCAAUACUACCUUAAUGUCAAAUAACAUCACUUAACCUAAUGUUUAGCAAAGACGUUUUUUUUAAGAAGAAAGUUUUUCAGUUUCUUUUUGAGUUUUGAAAAUUAUUUAAAUGGUGCAUGCGUAGAAAAAUAUUCAACGUUUGUUUAUGGGGAAACUUCGAUUUGGCCGUCACCCGUCUGGCCUUCUUUUUUAAAUUCACAACUGGCGACCAAAUCAGCUAAAUGCAUUAAGACAUUGACACAUCAGCAUUAGUUCUUUCCCUAUCAAUUCACUGUAAUUUGGUCUUGGUUUUAAAAGUUAUUAACCAGGCAGAAUCAACAUAAAUAUAUGAGCAAAACUAUUGUCUUUCGUGGGGCAAUUCACUCUUUCAAAUAGCGUACGAGAUUUUCUCUAAAACAAAAGGACUUUUGGGGAUUUCCAGAUAAAACAAAUAGGAUUUCCACCAAAGGUGUGCAAGAUUUUAUGGAGUGAGUUGCCCCACGGUAUCUAUAACGGGCCAUGUGCACAGAAGCACAGAAGUUAGCCAUAUCUCAGUCAAUAUGCAACAGAUUCAACCAAUUUUGCUCGUUUAGAGGUAUUUUUUGGCAUUUUUUCAAGAUAUCUGGUAAAACGUCCAAAUUUCUAAGCAAGCUUUUUCAAAAGAAAUAGGAAACUUCCUGGAAAUGAUAAAUGUGAACUUUUCAUUGUCAACCAAUUGAUAGAUAAUUAAGGGAGCUUUGAGUGUCUGAGUAAACACUGUAAAGCUCCAUUAGGCCACCUGAUGUUACAAUUUUGAAAUACACUCAAGAAAUACCUUUGGGUAAAUGAAAUACUAAGGCAAACAGCAGAAUUCUUGUGUACACAAAACACAGUAAGCGGCUGGUGUGGUAAGAAAUCGCUGCAUUUUAAUGUUAAUCACUAACGAUUAAAGAUUUGUCACAGAUUAUAGGCAUGACGUCAUUAGAGUUCACACUCGCAAGGCAACGAAGUUGGUUUGAAGUUAGGACACAGAAUAGAGAAAUGGGGCAAUCGUUUUUAAUGCUGAAUAAUUUCCGAACAACGAACCGGGGCGAAAAAAAUUUCACAUGUUCAGAAAAAUUAACAAUCUAUUCUACACGUUGAACAUAAAUUUUAUAUUCCACCAAUUUUCAAAUGAGGCAGUUUAGCACCCCAUCCGAUCUCGUCUAGCCUAUAUAUACAAUGCCUGCCAAAAGUCUUGGGACACUGACGUCAGUUUCCAAGGUCAAAAUCAAUCAUCCCCAUCUCCCCUACAGAACAAUGUUGGUUUACUAUGAAACGGGCUAAAAUAUUAGGAAGCACUUUCUUUUGCGCUCCUUUUACGAUAUUUCUAUAAGUUAUCAACAUUGCUUUAGGGAGAAGGGGGUUGAAGUAGUAAUUUUUUUUCGGAAAAGGAAUGAAAGAUAUAAAAUGCAAUGAAAAUUGCUGGGUGUUCCAAGUACAUUUGGCAGGCAUUACCUUUGUACGGCCUGGUGCUCUUAAGGGAUUCUCGACGCUGUUACCUACUCAUCUAUUCAGGUUCAUUGCGCAUGCGUAUUAUCACUUGAAGCCCUGGCAGGCAGUUCAAGAGUAGUGUGGUCACAGACAACCGCUGUGCAAUACUUUUAUUACUGCGUAUGUGCCGUGACUCUGCAACAUUGAUUAAAGGUUUUGUCUCCUGAACAAAGACAAAGACUUUUAAUGAGUGAGGCAACCGUUCAUCCUUAAGUCAACGAGCAUCGAGCCAUCGCACGGAACGAAACGAAGUGAUCAUCACAUGAAUGAUAUGAAUUGCAGUCAUUGUAUGUGUGACAAGCGUUAAUUGUCGUUGGCCUGAUGUUACAAUGCGAGUAAUGAACAAAUGUUAACUCUUGUUAGAUUUUUGUCGGAAAAUCUACAUUUCUGCCCCCCCCCCCCUAUGAACUUUCCUACCUACGGCCUUGGCCUAAGCUAAUAAAGAACUUUGGGUUUUUGGAAACUAUCGAAUUACUAUUCUGUAAUAUUCUAAUACAAUAUUAUAUCUUUUUGACAUUGAUGUUAGGUUGUAAUUGUUUU